UUAGCUGACCUCCCUCUCUCCAGUUCCCUCCCCCCACCAUCUCAGUGCCAGGGUUCCCAAUGCAGGAGGAAGUCAAGACUAGUGGCCAUUCUUCGUUCUCCAGAUACCUCCAGGCUCGGCACCGCGUGGUGGUGACCGCCUUGGACUUCAGACGCGGGCCGCGGGCCUUCCAAGCCAGCCAGAGGAGGAGGCGGCCGCAGGUGGCCUUUACCACUUGGAGGAGAGUCCAUGGAGCCUGUCUUGCCGCUGCCCGGGCUCGGGAGAAGCAAGUGGCCCGGGCUGCCGUCGGUCGGUGGAGGCGGGUGGUGCAGCGGAGCAGAGCAGAUGGGCACCUGGCCCGGGCCCGAGCGCUGAGGGCCCUCCAGACCUGGCGGGUGGCAUUCCGACUGAGACUGGCCACUUACCGGUGGCUCCGCCCUUUGGCUCUGGCCUGGCUGGGGCAGAGUCGGCAGCAGAGGCGGAGGGAAGAGGUGGCGCGAGUGUACCGGCAGGCCCGGGACCGGGGCCACAUACUGGCCAGCCGGAAGGUCUGGCGGCGGCUGUUCCGGCUGUCCGUGGCCAGCCGCGCUCUCUACGUCCGUAGGCUGAAUGCCAGGAUCUUCAUCGCCUGGGUCCAGAUUAGUGUCCGUAAAUCUGCCCAGCAGGACGCUGAGGCCCAGUUCUUGUCUACCGGGCAGAGACGGCUCUUGCGAUCCCACUGGGCUCGGUGGAGACUAGAGCUGCUGAGAGUGAGCAGGGGGCAGCUGGAGGAGGAGGAGGAGGAGAAGGGCUCCACCUGUCUCCAGCAAAGGCCUGUGGGAGGGUGUGCCCUGCACCGCUGGAGAGCAGCCAUCAGAAGUCGUCGGGCCUGGCACUCAGGCUCCUCAACUCUGGAAAAGCAGGCCUGCAGCUACGGGACUAGAGCAGCGGGCCUGUCCCCGGCCUCCCUCGGCGGCCCUGUCGGAAAGAGGAAGCUCAGGAAGAUGCCGCUGCGUUGGAGAUCCAGAAAGGGGGUCAACUUGUCAAGCCGGUCCCCCCGCCAGCCUCUCCUCUGCAGCUCCGUCGGCCGCUGGCUGCCGGCGGACCGGAACCAGGCCGGGGUUCUGCAGCUGCCCAGCCAGCCUGGGCACGAGAAACCCGCUACAGGCCAGCAGUGGGAUGACCAUGCCGGUGCCCCCCAAACCCAGAGGAGCGGAGACCAUCUGGGAGCAGCAGCACAGGAUGGGAUACGCUUAGGAAGGAAGUAUCUGCAACGGUGGAGACAUGCCGUGCUGCUCCAGAAAUUCCUUGGUCUCCGGAGGGUGAAGCAGCUGGCCGGAGCCUGGCAGUGCUGGAAGGUUGCCAGCGAGGCAGAGCAGCUGGCACAGGCUCUGUUUGGGCAGCGGCAACUGGAAUGGGCUUGGGGCACCUGGCGCCGGCGGCUGGUGCAGCUCAGGGUGGCACGGCAUUUCCAGCAGCAGGAAGAUGGGCGACUCCUGUCUCAGGUCUUCGGGGGGUGGUAUCAGCGCACGGCAGCCCGGCUCCGGGACGGAGGGAAGGCGAGGGGGGAUCGCUUCCCGGCCCCCGCCCAGCUGGAAGGAGCAGGACCGGCCCAGGCCUGGAGGACGUAACCAGAGCGGGGCAGGGUAGAGGUACAGCAGAGGACAUGAAACUGACAGGAUCCACCACCGUCGGCUGGAUGAUCUCUCGCCCCGGGAAGAUGCCCCAGGUCACCGCAUUGGGCUGCAU